AUGGUAUGCUUGGGGAUGAAGCCACAAGGCACGACGGUGGAGAAUCUUAAGCUGAAGGCAUUUCCAUUCUCCUUAGUUGACACAACUAGGGAGUGGCUUUUCUACUUACCACGGGGAUCCAUCACCACUUGGGCGCAAAUGGCGAGAGCAUUCCUCGACAAGUACUUUCCCACAUCCAAAGACGUCGGGCUUAGAAGAGAGAUAUGUGGGAUAAAGCAGAAGGACAUGGAGUCAUUAUACGAGUUUUGGGAACGUUUGCUACCAAUGGAGAGAAAGAUGAUGGAUGCCGCGAGCGGAGGAGCUAUAGUGAACAAGACGCCAACUCAAGCGAGGACUUUGAUAGACACCAUGGCAGAAAACUCCAAGCAAUUUGGAGUACGAAGUGACGUUGGCCGAGGCGCUAGUCAGCUUACCAUGGGUAAUAUGCCUCAAGUCAAGAACUCAAGCAACCGGGCUCCCGACCCUUUCGAGCACAUACAACCCUGGUUGGAGGCAACAUCCGAAUCUGAGUUAUGCCCUGAGGCAAGGACAAGGACAAGGUCAACAAUUUCAGUAAAGAGGUUCAUUCCAGCUGCCUUAGCAAUUUCAAUCUCAACAAUUCCAAGCACCGCCAGGUUUCAGCAACAACAUCAACCGAAGGCACCAUUUCAGCCAAGUGCCCAACAUCAACAUCAAGUGUCACCUCAAGCUCCUAGUAGCUUAGGUAUGUCAUUAGAGGAUGUAGUCAAGUCUAUGGCUGCUAACAUGGUGAAAUUUCAACAGGAAACUCAAGUGAGUAUUCAGGACCUUCAGGCCACCGUUGGCCAAUUAGCAAACAAAGGUAAAUUGCGGUCUCAAACGGAGACAAAUCCGAAGGCAAAUGUGAGUGUCGUCACUUUGAGAAACGGAAAGGAGCUUCAAGAGGUUGGAAGGAAGAAGAAAGAAAAGGUUCACAAGGAAGAAGAAGAGUUAAAGGUCAAGACAUCCACUUUGGGUGCAAAGGAUGUCAAAGAAGAGGAGGCAAAGAAGAAGACACCUGAAGUGAUAGUUCAAGCACCGCCAUUCCUGAGCCAGUUCGAGAAGACAAAGCGGGAGAGCGAAGAGAAAGAGAUCCUUGACACAUUCCGGAAAGUUCAGGUAAACAUCCCUUUAUUAGAUGCAAUUAAGGAAGUUCCUAGAUAUGCUAAGUUUUUGAAAGAGCUUUGUACAAAUAAAAGAAAACUAAAGGGUAAUGAAAAGAUAACUAUGAGUCAAAAUGUGUUCGCUGUUUUGCAAAAACAGUUACCACCAAGUUGUAAAGACCCAGGCAUGUUUACCAUACCUUGUAAGGUAGGCAAUGUCUCGAUAAAGCAAGUCAUGUUGGACUUGGGGGCAUCAAUUAAUGUUACGCCAUAUGCCAUUUACUCAUUUUUGGAUGUAGGGCCCCUCAAGCCAACUGGUGUGGUAAUCCAACUAGCGGAUAUGUCUAUUGUCUACCCUAAAGGGGUAUUAGAGGACGUGCUUGUUCAAGUCAAUGAGUUGGUCUUUCCGGCAGAUUUUUAUGUUAUAAAUAUGGAGGAGAAAAAUGCCUCCAAGGCCGGUAUGCUUUUGCUAAGUAGACUAUUUUUGAAAACCUCUAAGACUAUGACAGACGUCCAUAGUGGUAGUUUGACCAUGGAAUUCGAUGGCGAGAUGAUUAAAUUUAAUAUAUAUGAUGCCAUGCGAUAUCCGAGUGAUGUUUCAUCUUUAUGCUUUGUUAAUAUUAUCGAGUCCUUAUCUAAUACUAUGUUUGAUCUAUUUAAUGAGGAUGUGUUAGAAGUGAUUCUAGACAGGGAUUUAACGAAUGGAAGUUUGAAGAAGCUUGCCCAAGAGUACAAACUUGAAGAUGAUUUUGUAGAAUUGGUGUCUUGGAUGGAGAAAGGGCGAGCACCAAAGCCAAGGUAUGAAGUUUCUAAAAUAGAUUUUCCUAUAUCUCACACUAGACUUUUGCCUUCUGUUGAACAGGCACCCGAGCUAGAGUUGAAGACGCUACCACAUCAUCUGAAGUACGCCUAUUUGGGAGAUAAAAAGACCCUUUCGGUGAUCAUAUCCGCCACACUAUCACCGAAUGAGGAAAGAGAGCUUGUGGAUGUUUUGAAGGAGCACAAGAGGGCGAUUGGAUGGACCAUCGUCGACAUCAAGGGCCUUAGUCCCUCACUUUGCCAGCACAAGAUUCUAUUAGAGGAGGAGUAUAAGCCAUUCCGAGAAGUGCAAAGGAGGUUGAACCCACCGAUGAUGGAAGUUGUCAAGAAGGAGAUACUCAAGCUUUUGGAUGCUAAUAUGAUCUACCCAAUCUCUGACAGCAAGUGGGUAAGCCCGGUCUAG